GCUAAAGCUUUAUAAGUUUAUAUAACUACCGUAACUCGAUCAAAUCAAUGGUGGGCUGGUGGCAUAGGAGUAGUGACUGCCUGACUGGGGCCCCGACUACCAUUAAUGUCCGUUGUUUUUCCCAUAACCUUUCCCCACCAAACUGUCCUAAUCCUCUCUCUCUUCUCUGCUUCGGCUUCCUUCCCAGUUCGCUCCACCGCCAAUUCCUGUUUUCCUCCUACUCUCUCCCUUUUGUCUUCUUCGACCAUUCUCUCUUCCAGUCCAAGCAGAGACCAAGUGGGAGGAAAGGAGAUUGAUGGAGGAGGUAGAGGGAUCCUCUGAACUCACCACCCCGCCACUUCCUCACCACCGUGUUCUUCUCAUCUCCGCCGGAGCCAGUCACUCCGUCGCCCUCCUUUCUCGCAAUCUGGUUUGCUCUUGGGGAAGAGGCGAGGAUGGGCAGUUGGGUCAUGGGGAUGCUGAGGAUCGACUUUCCCCCACGCAGCUCAGUCGUUUGGACGGACACCAGAUUGCUUCCGUUACUUGCGGUGCCGAUCAUACCACUGCCUAUUCCGAUUCCACCUCCGAGGUCUACAGUUGGGGAUGGGGAGAUUUUGGCCGGUUGGGUCAUGGUAAUUCUAGUGAUUUGUUCACCCCUCAGCCGAUCAAAGCAUUGCACGGUCUUAAGAUCAGACAAAUUGCCUGCGGGGACAGCCAUUGUUUAGCAGUUACAAUGGAUGGCGAGGUACAGAGCUGGGGAAGGAAUCAAAAUGGCCAACUUGGUCUUGGAACCAUGGAAGAUGCUCUUGUGCCUCACAAAAUUCAAGCUUUCCAGGGAAUCCGGAUUAAAAUGGUUGCUGCUGGUGCUGAGCAUACUGCAGCUGUCACGGAAGAUGGAGAACUCUAUGGAUGGGGAUGGGGCCGAUAUGGGAACUUGGGCCUAGGUGAUAGAAAUGAUCGCUUACUUCCUGAGAAAGUUUCGUUAUCUAAUGAAGAGAAGAUGGACAUUGUUGCUUGUGGAUGGCGGCAUACAAUAUCUGUAUCUUCUUCUGGUGGUUUAUAUAGCUACGGGUGGAGCAAAUAUGGUCAACUAGGUCAUGGAGACUUUGAAGAUCAUCUCACUCCUCAUAAACUAGAAGCACUAGGAGAAAGUUUUAUAACUCAGGUACCGGGAAUUUGAUCGGGAGAAGGCCUUACAAAAGUCAGGCAUCCCUGUUGCUUUCCCUCCAUUAUAAUCAGACUGUACAAAAAGGUUCAUGUGGCCUUUAGGGUUUGCCUAGCUGUUAGUUCUACUCCUACCCCAAGAUCCUGAAAGCAGAAGUCCAGAAGGAAUGCCUUGUCUGAUUCCAACUUCAGAUUUAAAUUUCCAUUUAAAUUUAUUUUAUGUAAGUAAGGCUGGUUUAUCUUUUACUACAUUGCUCAAAUUUUGUACUCUUAUUCUGACUUUGGCAGAUAUCAGGUGGCUGGAGACAUACCAUGGCUGUGACAUCGGAUGGAAAGUUGUAUGGCUGGGGAUGGAAUAAGGUUAGUAAUUUCUGAUUGCAUUAGUGUCUGUUCUUACAUCAAACCAGUUCUUGUGUUAGGUUGUUAUCACACCAUGGACCAGGCUCUGGGGAAGGUGACAUGACAGUAUCUGUACACAUCCUGCUAGUGUUGCAACAGUAGUAUAAAUCUGGGCCUGAGCGGUAGUUGAAGUAAUUUUUAUUCAUAAAAGGAAGAGAAUAUUCUUCUACCAGUGACAAAACAUUCACAUACAAGGAUAGAACAACAUUAUUUUUAACCCUGUUGUCCUCAUAGAUUAUCUACUGUAUGGGUGUCUUACUCAUAACAUAUCAUUUGUUUAGUUUUUAUUUACCCUCUCUGGAAGGAAGCAGUGCAACUAGUUAUGGUGUCCUCUUUACAGUUUGGACAGGUUGGAGUUGGUGAUAAUGCUGACCACUGCUCUCCUGUGCAAUUAAAAUUUCCCCGUGAUCAGAAAGUAGUUCAGAUUGCAUGUGGAUGGAGGCACACACUUGCUGUUACUGAUCGGCAAAACGUUUUCUCUUGGGGAAGGGGGACUAAUGGACAGCUUGGUCAUGGAGAGUCAAUGGACAGAAAUUUACCGAAAAUGAUUGAAGCUCUAAGCGCUGAUGGAUCUGGAGGUCAACAGUUGCCAUCAUCUCUAGUUGAUCCAUCAUCAGGCAAAACCUGGGUGUCACCAUCAGAUAGAUAUGCAGUUGUUCCUGGGGAAGCAGAUCAAGCGGACAGCUCGAUGGGGGGUAACGGGAAUGAUCUAAGUGUUCCAGAAAAUGAUGUGAAGCGGAUACGGGUCUGACGUUAGAAUUGAGUGUCUUAGUUGCAUCUUGAUCGCCCUACUCCAAAUGUAGCAGGCAAGGCUUAGUUACAUAUAACGCCGGUUUUGAAUGCUGUGUUUCUCAAGAGAUCUGGAAUUAGUUAGUAUGGACGAAGUUCUUUGUUGUUGUAUGGUCCACCUUUAAUAUGGAUUACAACUAUCUAGUCUUAUAUAAACAUUAUUAUUAUUAUUAUUAUUAUUAUUAUUAUUAUUAUUAUUAUACAAAAUGUGAGAUCAAAUAAACGUCUAA